GAAUAUAUUAUAAACUGUUUGGGGAAGAUGAUGAUAAGCAAAUGCAAUGUUUUUCGUUUGUCAUGUUGAAAGGACGGAGUUGGAUUGGGAGUAAAGAUUUCGGUAAUGGCGGCCUUUAUUGCGUGUGCUGCAAGUGUUAUGGUUAUGGUUAUCUAGAACUGUCAAAUCGUUGUAUUUCAUGUUCUGUUGGAUGAGCUUUCUGAUUCAGAGCGGUGAGAUUUGUGUGUUUUGGUGAGGAGAAUCAAAUGGAGACGUUGCGGGUUGUUGGGAUUGGAUCGCCUGUCAUGAGCAACAAUGGCGGUGGAAGUCAUUAUGUGUACGAGAGUGCCUGUAGUUCACCUGUUUAUAUGAGUGCACCUUCUAGUCCUGGUCGAAAUCGAGCCGGAUUUUUCUUCAGCGCUCCUGCUAGUCCUGUUCGUUCGCCUCCCCGAAAACAGAGCCCGAAAAUGGAGGAGGAUGGGGUUUUUCGGGAGGAUGCGGCGUCACCUAGCGGCUCUGGUUCGGAUUUCGAGUUUAGUGCUCGGUUUUCUGAGUUUGAUGGAGGUGCUGCUUCUGCAGAUGAGCUUUUCUGUAAUGGCCUGAUUCGGCCUAUGAAGCUCAGUGCGCAUCUGGAGAAACCCCAGGCUUUGAGGCCGCUUAUUGAUCUGGAGGAUGAGGGGGAAGAUCUGGAGGAAGAGAGCGCUGAGAGAUGCAGAGAAAGGGGGCUUUGCCGUGACAAAUCACGGCACAGGCGGACUAGGUCUCUUUCGCCUUUGCGAAGCUUGCCGCAAUGGCAUCUGCCAGGGUCUGAAGCUGAGGUUUCGAAAUUGGAAGAAAAUGAAGAUGAGGAAAAGGCUAAAAAUGGCGAAGCAGCUGCUGUGGCUUCGUCUAAGAAGGGGAAAUCCGGGUCGAAAAGAUGGAUGAGCCUUAAAGAUUUUCUUUACAGGAGUAAGAGUGAGGGCAGAGGCCACACCAGGGAGAAGCUCUGGGCGCUUUCUUUUUCCAGUAGCCCUGCAAAGCAGCAGCAUUUGUCUUCCACCAAGGCUUCUUCAAAGAAAACCUCUCAGGAAGGCUCAGGCGCUUCUUCGGCCAAGCAGGCUGAAAAAUUUAAGGUCAAGAACAAGAAUGCUUCAAAUUCUGUGCCGAAUUCUGGAAACCAGAGCAACAGAAAUGUUAAUGGCCCCGGCGCAAGGAGGGUUCCGGUCUCUGCUCACGAGCUUCAUUAUACUGCAAAUAGAGCGCAGGCGGAGGAGCUGCGGCGUAAGACUUAUUUGCCCUACCGGCAGGGGCUGUUCGGGUGCCUGGGUUUCAGUUCGAAGAGCUACACCACCAUUAAUGGAUUUGCAAGAUCUCUGCAUCCAACUCUCUCUUAAAUUAUUGUUGCCUGUCUAUGUCUGUCAAUAUUCUUCUUGUCUUUAUGAUUUUUCUGCCUUGUAACAGAUACUAUUACAGACCUCCUAGAGUUGGUUUAUUCCUCUGCCUUCCAUUAUUGUUUCACAUAUGGAAUUGAAAGAGAUUGAUGUUUUAUGUUCCCUAUAAAUUCGUCACCGCAAAACUUGUUUUACUUUGGAAAACUAAGUUAAACAGCUUUUUAAAUCUGGUUUAAGUUGAGAAAGUUAUACAACUUGGUGUAAUUUAUGCAAAAAGGCGCGCCAUGGCAGAGCAGAGCAGAGCUGCAAUAGCUGUGACCAGUCGUUGUGGUUGAAAGAUUCGAAAGCACUUCUUUCAGGAUCUUGGCAUCUUGGAUAGCUAGGUUCCUAUAAAAGGGAAAAACUAAAACUAGGAUGUACCCACAUCAACAUAUACUAAAACGUAAGGCUUAGAAUACAGAGAAGUAGAUGACAGUUAACAGGGGAUUUUAUUCCACAUUGGUAAUGCUUCUGGUUGUAUAACUUCAUGAGAGCUAUAUAUUAGUAAUUUUUUGGCUGAA